AUGUUUGUACUAGAGUACUAAUUAGGUUUCAAUGUUGAUACAAAUUAUUAUCAUUGUUGGCGUGGUUGGUUGAUGUAUAUGUUAGCAGGAGUUUUUUUUAGUGAUAGGUAGUCGUGGCUGAUGUAUAUGUUAGCAGGAGUUUUAUUAGUGAUAGGUAGUCUAGUGUGUUUUGGCUUCCUUUGUUUAGGCGUGGUUGGCAAAAUGGCAAGCAAAGGAACUGUUAGCAGUGAGGUGGAUACUACCUGUCACAUCUGUUUGGAGCAGUACAAGAUCCCAAAGUUGCUGCCCUGUGGACACUCAUUCUGUCUCCAGUGUCUAGUCAAGAUUGAUGAAGCCAACACAAAGCCUAGAGCUAGAGCUAGAGCUAUCUUCAGGCAAAGUGUCAUCUGCUGUCCAGAAUGUCGAACUAACCACAAUAUUUCGAAUGGCCCUUCAUCUUUGCUGACUGACUACACCAUGUUGUGGGAGCUACAGACGUUGGCUUGGCGUGCUGGGUUGGAUAAGAGGCGCUCUGUUUGUGGUGGGUGUCCCGAUGGUCGUGGUUGCAGCAGUUUCUGUGUCGACUGCGAUGAUUUCUUGUGCUCAGUCUGCGUACAACCUCACAAACGAAUGAAGAAGUUGGCCAAACACAAGUUGAUUGAUAUCAAAGACCUGGCUACUGUCAAACCAACGCCGGAGCCUACAACGUGUGCAUCUCACCCGUCCCUACUGGUCAGCAUGUACUGCUCUACGUGUAGUCUGCUCAUCUGCACCGACUGUAUUGCUUGCGCUAGCCACUCCACGCACACACUCCACACCCUCACUGCUGACAUACUCAAAUCCUUUGAACAAAAACUGGAUGACCUUAUCCAAAACACAGACAAAGCUGUAUCCCAAAGAGUUCAGAGGAUCGAUGAAAUCAACAACGUUCAAGAAACAAUGAAAGAGAAUCCGAUCAAAUUGAAAAAGGCUAUCGAUGAAAUAGCAGACAAGUGCUUGUUAGCUGUGGAGCGGCUGAGGGACAAUGCACAUGCACAAGUCGACCAAAAACUGGCAACCAGCUUGGAGAAAAGUAAUGAACAAAAACAGAUGAUUACUGGUGAACUAAAUACGCUCAAGUCUUGUGGACGGUUUGUACAGAAAACGCUUUCAUGUAGCGAACCUGCUGCCAGAACAGCAAUGGUUGCUAAGGCCGCUAGUGUGUUGUCAGGGGUUACAGUGACCUCUACUAAAGUUUCAGCAAUCGUACCGCUUGUCAUGGCUGUGAACGAUAUCGAAUCCAUGUUCCAGUCUGAAACACUAGUGUCAGAAUUCAACCCAUCUAAGAUAAAGGUGACUGGUUGGACUCACUCUACCGUCAGAAAUCAGAUGGUAAUACAAGUAACUAUUCCAGUGGUGCCCCCUCCAAAGCCAGAGUUCAGAGUGGAAUACAGUAGCCUUCGCCGAGAACUUCCAUUGAAGGUUAAGGCAGUGGACAGCAAAACUUGGAGGCUAGAGUUCACUCCGUGCUACAUUGGACACCAUUCUUUGAAGGUGAAUCUGUUUGAUGAAUGCUUUUUUAUUCCAGCGUCAUCACAGUACAUGUUUGGAAAUUAUGGUAAUUUGAUUAACAUUGGAGGCUUUCUGAGAAAGGGUGAUAUUGUACGACCUUUGACGAAAGAUAACACUGGGGAUCGCAAAGUUGGAAGAAUUGAUGAACUACGUAAUCGUCCUCGUAAAAGAGGGAGCACUGACCUUUACACGAUGGAUAUUAUGUGGAAUUAUGAUACAGACAAUUCAGUUCUAGAAGAAAACUAUGAGUUUUCUUAUAAUUCAGGACACAGUGGUUACUUUCCUUUUGAACUUGUCCUUAGCUGAACACAUUUUAGUUGAAAACAUUAUAAUCAGUUGUUGAGUUAGGUAAGUAUAUGUUGUGCAACUGUAUACUAUUGUGUGUCAAUUAUCUUUCCUAUACCAUAAAUAGAUUGUUUCUUUAUGUAUAA